AUGUCUGCUCCACUUGACACCUCUUUGACCAGCCUCAAGGAAAUCACUGCCAAGAUCAUGGCCAUCAUCACCGGCGCUUGGCAGCUUCCUCCGGGCCACAGCCACUUUUCUCUGACAACCCAGGCCGAUGCGGUCCAGCAAUAUGGGAGUGGUCCCUACCUUCCGGGUCUCGUUCUUGCCUGGGAGGAGUUAGGUGAUCACACCUUUGAUCUCCUGGUUGUGUCCGGUCCUUCAGUAGGUCCAAUUCCUGUGGAUCUUCCACCCUCGCCUGUCAUUGCCAGGCCUUCUACCAACCCUGCCUCCAAGUCCUGGGAGAAGGGAAAAGGUAAGGCAGUUGUCCCAGACCUGGAACCAGAAGUGGAAGGGAGUUGGAAGAGGAAGUCUCCAAUGAUUCCGGCACUUCCCUCCCAACCCCCAAAGUCCGCUAUGAAGACUUGGAAGCAGGCAAAGACCACCGGCCUUGCCAAAUUCAAGGUGUUUGUUGAGUUGGAAGAUGAGGAGGACUUGGUCACUCAGCCAAUUUCGCGUGGGGUUCCGGAGGUCGUCCUCCCCCAGCUCUCCCCAGAUGUUGCAAGGACGUCCGGAUCACCUUGGUCACCCUGGAGCCCAAAGAAGAAACCCUUCUGGCGUGCUACGGCAAUUGCCGGCAAAUGUCCAGAGGUCAUUGAGCCCCCUCAGGCAGCUCCUGAACCUCCGGUAGAGACACCCCCAGUCAUUGACACAGGUGAUAUACUCAUUCCUGGACCCAACAACCCUUGCCAGGCUUGCCACAAGAUGGAAUGGCCCUGCAGGUUUGACAAGAGGACCGGCGCCCCAUGCAUGUCCUGCGUCUACUGCACCACCAAGAAGAUCAAGUGCAUCUUGGUCAAUCCAUCACCCAGACCACCAGGAGGACCAGAUCCAGGACCCCUUCCAAAGCUCCCUCCAAAGCUCCGGCCAGACAUGGAGUCAAUCUCGGGUCUCUUCUGUCACUCCUGGUCCAUCUGGUGCCCAAACACCAAAGGUGCAAACACUGCGGUCGCAGCAAGACUGUCACUGCUUCCAAUGGAUUCUACACCUGCACCAGCUCCAGUCCCGUCUUCGACUUCCGGAGUUCCUCGUUCAGCACUCGAUGUGCCAAUGCCGGAUUUGCAUGCCAUGGCAAUGGCGAUUCAGGAGGACACCCAAGGUGAUGCAACAUCAUUGUUGCUUCAUCAACCAGUCCCUCCGGCCAUGUCAACCCCCGCAUCCGCACUUCCUCCUCUCAUUGACCUGUCUAUGGAAGGGAUGGAGCCCAACCCCCCCAACAUCCAGGAUGAGUCUGCCAUCGACGGACUCAUAUUUGAGCUCAACCAAAUUUAUCCUGAGGUUUCACAGACGCCCGGCGAAAUUGUGAAACCGGAGGAUCUGGGCAAUCUUUUCCCAGAGUAUGAUUCAGUUGAAGAGAUGGAUGUUCAAGUGAAGGGUGAACCUUCUGGUGAGGAUGUUGACAUGACUACAUAA